AUGCAACGGUGUAUUCUGAGCCGGAAUACGGUACGAAGCUGCCAGCACAAUGUGCAAAAGCGCCAUAUUAUGGGGUUUGUGAGGAACGCAUUGGGGCUGGACCCACCCCCAUCUCCAGAUGAGCCAACGCCAGAAAACAGAUUCCACCCUUGGGACCAGUCCCCAUCACCUGAUUUGAGGGAAAGGGCGGCCACGAUACGAGCUUUAGCUAAGUGCCCAGUCACAGGGCGCGAAAUCAAUUACACUUGUCCCAAAUCGGGCAUCCCUACCCACUACUCUCGCGAGGCCUGGGAAAACGAUUUGGAGUACCAGCAGUCCAAGAGACCCGAGAUUCUCAAAAAAGUGAAUAUCUACGAACACGAUCUGAGGUCCGGCAGGCCGUUCCCGGAGUUCGAUUUCCCGCUAGACCAAGACUUCGACAGGAUGGUUAACCUGACCAACUGGGACCUUUUCUUCUAUACUCGUGGCUUUUAUUCUAUGGAUACCGAGUUCCAGCUUGCGGCUGUCACCAAAAUGCUCAGCUACCCGGUAACAAUCGGGUCAGUGCUACACCAGUUCUCCCCUUACUCUUUAAACCCAAAGGGACCUGUCACUCUUGAGGGUCUGAAAUCGCUGGCGGCGCUUCGCUACACCCUGUACCCUGAACAAAAUCGUAGGGUCACGUCCAUCACCAAAAACAGUCCUCUUCGAAUCUUCAUUUUAGGCGCAAGGGCAGAGGCCCAGUUGCCUGGUCACGUCUGGAAGCAGCUGCAAUUCAUGUUCCCAGAAACCAAUAUAGAGCUUCACUUUGUGGGACCUGAGUCCUACUACGAUAGGAACAAGCGCGAAUACGUACACUCGUCGUCACCUAUAGUCCGCAGAGUUGACGAAACUCUCAGUUUUGUGUACCACACUGACUACUUUCAUGUUUUCCAUGAAGCGCAGGACUUCUUUCCUUACGACCCUUACACUGACAUUUUCUUCUGCUUCCAUCCUGGCUUUGCAGCGCCUGAGUCCCGCGAAAACUGGAUGGGCAAGACUAUGGAGGCGCUCCUGGAAACCAAAUGUGCCGUAUUUACGACAGGCUUCAACGAGCUAGACUUGAGGCGUGACGUCGGCACUGUGGUGGGGAAGCACGGGAAGGAGCUCGACAUGCUCAUGGAGCCUGUGCAUAACGCCUUCGGCAGCACCAAAUGGGAGUUGAACGACAUGAACCCACAAGAGGUUUACCAGUUCAAUAUGUUCAUAGCCGGUUUCAGAGGCAAGAGAUACCAUGCCAUCGAGGUCUAG